AUUUUUUCUCUUAAUUGACAGCACAAAACAAAAAUAAAUAAAGAUUAUUCCAAAACUUAAUAAACAAACAAUGUAAAAAUACUAUAGAAUAGUGAAUACUUAAUCAUUUAAUUAAAAGUUACCAUAAUGGCGACACUUAUGAAAGAAAAACGCAAAGAGAAAAAGAAAUCCAAAGUUAAAACUGCUACUUAUGACAAAGAAAGUAAUUUAAAAAGUCUACAUGAACCUUUUGAGGAAGUACCAGAAAAUGUUGGUAAUAUGGCAAAAACUGUCCCAGAAGUAUCAGUCCAAGAUAAUACAAUUUUCACUUUAGAUAAUAAUAUUGACACUUCCAAAUCUUAUAAUAAUAUUGAAUGUACAUCUGAGGGUGCAAGUAAUACUUUGGAACAUAAUGUGACUGAAAAUACUGAAUUUAUUCAAAGUGAAAUAAGUACUUGUGCAGAAUAUAACUGUAUUAGUGACACAAAGGAAUAUAAAGAAGCAGCAGAUACUAGUUUAAAUGUAAUAAAAAUAAACAAAACCGAAGAUUUAACUUUUAAAGAUUUAAAUAAAGGUCUACAAAAAAUUAAAAUACCAGAUCUUCAAAAUUCAUGUGAAUUAACAGAUCAGAAAGAAGAUAUAAAACCAUCUGCACCAAUUUUUAGCUUACCUACACAGGCAAAUGUAGAAAAACGUGAAAUGCAUCAUGAGCCUGCAAUUAUUAAAAAGAAAAAAGCUAAAAGUAUUCCUUUAGCAGAGGCCAUUAGAAUUUUUGGAGGACGGGAAAUAGCUGAAGUAAAAGGUUUGAGUGAAAGAGAAGAGGUUGCUGUUGAAACGGGACCUACAAGUGGACCUGACCAUCCUCUUGUUGAUCUUUUAUCUACAUUCAGAUCAUCCCUAUCAGCAUUAGAGAAGGAAAGAGUCAAUAUCAAUUGUGGGUAUAUUGAUGAAGAAAAAAGAAGGAGUGUUUUAUGGAAAAUAGAGAAAAAAAGUAUUACAAUAACAGAACGGUGUCCCUGUGGUGCAAAUGUUGAGCUACAUGUAUUGUAUGAUUAUGCUGAGUUGCAGAAAGAUAGGCUACCAGUUGCAAAGAUGAGAUUAGAAGGACUGUUGCGGGAUGUUCAGGAAACCUAUUGCCAUCAUCAGCAUGCUGCUUUGUUGGCUUAUUCACAAAUAGACGAAUUAAUAUCAGACACAGUUCAAAGCAAUAAGGGUGAAAUUCGUGAAGCGUUGUCAUUGAUACUACAAGCAUUACGUCUGAGCGAUGGGGCUCCAGUAGCAUUUCCUCAAGCACUUGAGCGAUGGACUGCAGUAUUGGCUGAUGCACUGAUAGAUGAGAGGGAUUUGAGGCAGCUACUAUUCAUUAUUCAUCAUUUGUUCAGACAGAGCCGCUCAGUGCAGUGGGCGGGGCGAAUCCUACGUGCGCGUGCGAAUGAUCUAAGUUCUGCAGCGAGGGUUAUUGCUAUUUUGGAUUUAUUGCUUACUGGGAACGCCUCGUUGGAAAAUGCUUAUGAGUGCGUUGAGGACGAGUCUUGGGAGGAGGUGGACGUAAAGGGCGAUAGUGGAGCAGUGGGGGAAGGUCGUCUGCGAGAAAGAGAUCUAAUGAUCGUGCUAAACUCUUUACCCCUCAGGGAGAUUGUCGCUAGGCUCGCUCUGUUCUCUAGAGCGGAUAUAACAGAUACCAGUGAAUACGAAUGGGGUGAUUUAUCCGGUGGCCAUGGGGUGUUAAAGGCCAGUUGUGGCGCGAGAGUAUUGCUAGACGUAAUAUCGCGUGGUGCGCGUACGCAUCACGGUUACGUGCGUCUACGUGAUAGGUUGCGUACGUUAGCGGCGAGUUUGUUGCACGCACUGGCUGCACUCCAUAUGCAUUCUAGGAAUAAGUACACCAAAGAGUUAGAAGAUAGAAUAGAGUCCGAGUUGGAGGCUUGUUUCUCUAUGGGACUGUCAAUAAUGGGAGAGGAAUUGGAUAAACUCCCUUCUACUCUGCUCACAGACGACUCAGCUCGGGAAUAUUGUAUGGCGUUUGAAAACUUACAUGACAAAUCACCUCAACGUGUGGAAGCCCUAAACACAAUACCAGUAGUGAGUUGUGAGUCGCGGGUGAAAGUGGUUACGCAAGUAGCGAUUGAUCGACUAGUGGAUAACGAUUUGGCAUCCGCUGUACUGCAGUUUUUGUUCGAGACUGGAAUCAAACGUAAACCGGCGAAUCUGAAAUGUUUAUGUGACUCUGUGGCUCGGGAAAACAUUUCUCGCCUUUUAGAUGCUCACCCAUAUUUAUAUACGACAGCAUUGCAUAUAUUCGCUGAUAUUUCACAGGGUGAGUCCAUAGACAGCAAUCUGAUGAAACAUUUGUGCGUCUCAAAAUGGCGGCCGAAUCUGACAGACUUACAGCAAGUAAUCAAUGAUUGGACCCAAAAAUGCCCUCAAAUUAUUCAAUAUUUAUUACUGGAUAUGGAUUAUACGCCUCACAGUGGAGUAUCUCUGGAAGCCCAACUUUACAUUGGAUGGUGGGUCUCACAAAUCCCAGAGGCCCCGGAGUGGAUUUGGGCGCUUCUGAAACUUUUGCGUCUGCACCGCUCCCACUGGGCCCUUCCGCUCGAGGCCCCAGGUCUAGAUAAGGCCCCAGAUACACUGUCGGAAGUUAUGUUUGCGUUACUGGCUACUGAUUGGGGACAUUGUGUACCACUUGCCUGUGGUCCAGGCGUGGAUGCCUUACAUCGCUUAGCGGUGUCUCGGCCUGUGGAAGCUCUGCACUGCUUGGGGCAGCUCGUUACUGUGAUGGCUUCUUCACCCGAGUCCAUCUCCCUUACUCCUAAAUUUGCAGAAAUCAUAACAGUGAUCUUAAACUGGCGACCGAAUCUCGUUCAACGUGCCUUUGGGCGUGGCGGACAAAAUGGCGCCGAUCUCUUACAGAAUCUCGUUAUUCAACAACUUCAAGAUAAAUCACUGGAAACCCGUAGUGCGAUGCUAACGGCAUGGCUACACAUGUUAUGGACGCCAGCACAAGUGGGUUCGAGUCGUGGAAUAUUAGAUUCUGCCGUACGUUUUACGCAGGACUGGAGGACGCUUGAUAAUCACGUGUCUAUGAUAUUGCAGACUGAAAACAGCAAACAGUACAUAGAUGACGCAUUACGUUACUCGACAACCGCGCCGCUUUUGUGCGAGAGCGUACUUCGACGUGCUCAUGGUACUGAGCUGCAAUCGGGAUUGUAUGUUCGUCUGCUGGAUGUACUGGCGACGCAGAGGGACCAAAAGCAGAGGAUACAUGUCGAUAAUGCCAUCAAGAAAGUGGGCGGCACAAUGUCUUCAGAAGAUCUGGUCAUACAUCGCACAGCUAAUACUGUACUAAGUGUCCCAUUCUCCCACCCGGCCCAUCUGACUUUAUGGAGACUGUUCCUCCAUCUCUAUCUCCAAAGACCACAGUCCAGUCCGCACGAAACGUCACCGCCAGUUGGUCCACUAUUCUUCAGUGGUCUAGUCAAGACGCGUACAUUGGCCCAAUUAAAGAAACGCCUACAAGAAACGAUUACGUAUCACCAACAGACAGCCGAAUUGAAUCAUUCUCCAACAGUUGAUUCUCCGGAAGAAUCGAAUACGACGUUCGAUAAAAGUCCAACCUCAAGUAAUAUAUUCCCGGAGUUGUCGAUUAGCGAUAUGUUUGAAGAGUCCAGUGAUGAAUCGAAUUCCGAUGUAGAAAUAGAAGAGAAUGUUGAAGUGAGGAGUGGAGGAGACAAUAUCCUGGUGACAUAUCAUAAUGGCGCUGAGAGAAUGGUUCGUGAAUACGUCCGCUGUUUAGAGGAAGGCGAUAAAGUGCGGGCGUACCCUCACAACGCGGACAUCGCCAUAUUUAUUCCUGAACAGGCAUUAUCAGCGGCAUGGGAAAUGUCCCAUCCAUAUAAUCUUCCUUCUCCCUCUGUACGUGAAGUGCCCGUCCCACUAACGUACUACGAACAAGCAUUGCGUGCUGUACGUAAUAUAAACGAACGGACUCAUGAAAGUUGGUCCUUUGGCCUAGCGGUUCGAAUCCACAUUGGACCCGCUACCUUUUUUUAUUGUCCUCCCAUCUUCUUAUGUUCCUGCCUCUCUUUUGUUUCUCACUUCGUGUACCACUCUUUUACGAUUCGUUUCCAUUUCAGAAAGAAGAAACGCGUCAUAAAAUCUCUAGUGGAAAAUGUUAACUUUAACGACACACGAGUCGUAAUGAAGUUUAUUGAAAAACAUUUGGUGGAAGUAGAACAGUUUUCUCGUGAAUGGUCAAGCGAGGUUAGUCGUAUAUCGCAACUGGAUGGGCGGUUAUGGGAGUUAGUCGGCAAGCUGCGCAUACGCAGACCGUUGCCGCCUGUUAAGAAAAGUUGUCCACAAAAUUGUACACCGAUUACAAUACGAAUUGCGGAAGACGAGUGGUGUAUAUCAACAGCGGCUGAACGAGAAAUACAAGAGAAUAGACGUUCAUCUCGUGCUAACGUGCGUCGUUUGUGCCGUGCACGUCCGCAUUUCGCACGUACAGCUGCCGCACUCAUAUCUGCUGCUACGCACGCCCGUAACGCCGAUACAGCGGUUAGUGUGUGCGAAAGAGUGUGGCGAUACACCCCUCUCACUCACACGUGCACGCACGCGCAACAAUUGUUGGCCAAUGUCGUCGCCCUACUUGCUGAGAAAUGGAUCAGUCACGACUCUCGUCGUAUAGUGGAAUUACUGUCUCGUUGGAGCCGAGGUGAUUCUACCCAGCAGUUACUCUGCAGUGCCCUUAUAUCGCCCACAAAAUUGCCCAUGAGCGAGUGGGCACACGUGUAUGUAGCGACAUGUAAGGCCAACUUGCCUUCUCACACUACGUUUAGUUAUUUAUCUAAGUUUGACAUAUCCCGUUGGGCCAUCGCAGUAGAUACAGCACAGCGUAGAGAAGUCCUUCUAAUAAUCACUGACACUGCGCAGAAAUGGGGCCCUAAACCUGACACGGAGCAUCAUGUGCUUAUAGAGCUUUUAGGCGUCCACUCACACGCUAUUGUAUCAUCUGCGGAACUAAAUGUUCAUGUGUGCGAAGCUUUCCGACGCGCAGCUUCAGGAAAAUUACCGCCGGGAUUUUGCGCACAUUUGACAAGAGCCGUAGAGUCGCAUGCGCAUCUGCUGACCUUUGAUCAGAUCGGCCAUUUCCUACGCGACGUAGGCAAUAUUUGGUGGGAGGCGCGUAAAAGUUCCUCGAACAGGCAAAUGUAUCCCCAAUACGCAACGCACGUAGCGGCCGUGUUGACCUCACUACAACGGGCAUUCGUCGAGGCUGCUCGCAACUUGAGCUAUGCUCCUGAAAGAGUGACGCUAUAUUCCUGGUCAUCAAUGGUAGAAUCUUGGUCAGCGUGGAUUUCACCACAAUCCCUCGAGCCACUUCUUCCUUCCACGUGCGAGGAUGAAAAGUACACGCAAAUGCUUCAAAAUUUUCUCACUUGUGUACUGAAAGUUAUGGAAGAUAGUCCCGAUAGCACAGAAUCUCUUUUAUACGAAAUAUGGAGUUGGUGUGUGGAGACAUACUGUGCCAACAGUAGGGACAGCACACAAGAGUGCCGCGUCCAACUGUCUGCAUUGUUGUCUGUGGUCCUACAACUUGACUGGCGUCAUCAGUGGUUUAGGUCUGCUUGUCUUCCGAGAGUUAUUCAGAUCAGCGAAUCAGGCGAUAGAGAGAUCACGACGUGGUCCAGUACUACGUUAAGUCAUACGCGAGCGGAGACGUGGCUGCGUUCAGUGCCUGACGUACACGUCGCCCCAACGUUGGGUGCGCUCUUCGAUUUGUUCGUGUCAAAGAACAUGCAGUUUUCAGAACAGUUCAUAUCGGAAUGUUGCGGAGUUUCCUGGUGGAGACUUCCUACAGAAGCUCUGGAUCAGCUGCUAGAGAAGUUCUACUUCCAACACCAUAACCCAGGAAUGCCGUACUGCGACCUGCCACAGUUCCGCAUUGUCCUAUCGGCUAGUCAGCUAAGCGUUCAUCCAAACACGCCGAGUACGAUCGGCAAUAAUGCCACGUCACACGUGAAGCGUUGCCGCGCCGUUUCGCAGUACGUAAGAGCCGUUGUGUCGCCGCCCUUACAGUCGCAUCUAAGGACUCACGUGACAAGAUUAUUGCAAGUUAUUACCGAUCUUGUACCAUACACAGACACACAGGGACAUUUAGAAGAAAUUCUCAGUCGUAUAAUGGUUAUUAUGUGUAUGGAGCCUGCAGCUAAAAUUGUUCUACCCGUUUUAUUACAAUGGCUGUCACAAUGCAACAGCACGUUACGAGUAGCGAGCAUGUCCUCUGUAGCUUCGAUCACGGUGUUCGAUUAUUUUCUUCCUCUAGCUGAUUUUUUGGCGAAGACACACUUAAAUAGUGCUGAUGGCACGGGUUGGCAAGAAGCAGUGAUCCGUUGGAAAUCAAGCCCCUGGUGGGAGGCGAGUGCGUGCAUCAAACGUGCUGGAUUGUAUGCCGCGUACGCACUUCUACGUGCACGUCCCAACGAGCACACGCCCGAACGUAUAUGUGAAGCUUUAUUGGCAUUGAACAAUGCGGCGAUUAACUUCUCCGAAAACGAAGAGAUAAUAGCAUUAUGGAUUUGCGUUGUAUCUCGUAUUGCCACUACUCAAGGGGAGGACGCGAGGGAAUGUAGGAAUGCUGCGCAGGAGUUGAUCGAUAAAUGGGCAAUCGAGCCCAAACGUUCCUUGCUUCAAGUUGUCGCUUUGCAGACUACGGCACCUGCGCCUACACCACGACAUCGUAUCCUUUGCCGUUUUGCUCAAUGCAUCACAUCCUCAUCGGACACGACCGCCCGUUUAUACGAAGCAGCUGUAAAUUCUGUACUGGGUUCGACUCCCGGUGACGUCGUAACGUGGUAUAAAAAUCCUAGUCUAAAGAAGUUAUUGCAAUUAGCUAAUAAAUUGUAUCCUAAUAGAGAAUUGUACUUUGGAGCGGAGCUUAUGUAGUUUUUGUUUUGAUACAUAAAAAUGGGUGAAUACUUACGGGAAGUAUUUUUAUUCAAUUUUUUUUUCCAAAGAAAACCUGUUUUUGAAACGAUUUGUGUUUAAUUUUUUUUUAUAAUUUUACUGUUGGAAUUGUAUAUUUUACUCCAAGAAAAGUUAUUGCAACGACUAUAUGUUUUUUAACUAUACUGUUAUUGAAUUUGUCAAUAUUUCAGUAUAACAAUCUGUAUACUUUUAACAAUAUGACAAAUUUUGUGUAUAAUUUGUUGUGUUUCGGAAAUAAUAGUCAUAGUGAACCAUUUUGAUGACAUAAGGGUAUCCACGCAUAUCUGGUAUCAUGUGCCAUGUGGGUAAUUAAAGUUAAUAGGUUUUGAAGACGGUUUAAUUUUUACAUCGUUACGAAAUUCUAUUCGUAAGUUUUAGUUCAAAUAAAUUGUUGUUUCAUCGUGAAAUUGUAUAGAAAUUAAAUAAAAAAUUUAAUUGUUUCGGAUUCUUGCCAGUUCGAUUGUAAAAUAAUUUUUGUAAUUUAGUUUUCAUUUGAGUAAAAUUUGCUUUGUACGUCCCAGUUUUAAAAUUGUAAUUUUGCCAUGACUACUUUUUUUAACUAAAAUAUUUUCUAUUAAUAAGGUAAUAGGAAUCUUUGGUAGCUGUACCAAUUCUUCUACUUUCUCUAUUGAGAGUUUGACAGCGCUCAUAUCAUAAGUUUGUAUAUAAAUAUAUACAUAUUAUGUUUACUCAUUUAUAUACUCACUACUUCUGUUUGUUUAUUAUUUGCUCAAAUUAGCAGAUAUAAGGAUGAUUAAGAAAAUCUCAUGUUUUCAUUGCGUACACUUAUUCUAAUUCUAUGUAAGCAAAUGUUUAAAAACAGUAUCGAAGAACAAUCCUAUUAUUUCUUAACAAAAUGGAAAAAGUAAUCACAACUAAAUAAAAUUCAGGUGGUCCAAUCACUUUUUUUAUUAACUCCUUACGGUGAAGAAAAACAUUGUGAGGAAACCGAUGCCUUUUAGAAAAAACAAAUGAACAUAUGAUACAGAAAUCUGGGGCCCAGACCUCAAAAGGUUGUGGCCGUACUUUUUUAUUUAUUUGUGAGACUUAGAAUGUUUUGUCUCUUAUUUAUUGCUAAGGAUAAUAAAGACAAAACGUUCAGUAGUUUCUAAUGCUAUUAUUAUAAACUUUCUUUAGAAUUCUUUAAACUGAAUAUAAUGAUUAUGCCUAUUUAGGAGUAUUAAUUUGAAUUUCCAUUUCCAUAGUAUUGUUGUUCGUUUAUUUGUAAGAUGCGCCUUGGUAUCUUUCGUGUACGAUCAAGUUUAUCUCUAAAAUUGUUUGUAAGCAAUCCUCUAGUUUGGUAAAGAUUUAACUGUGAUAUGUAUUGUAAGAGAUAAAGACUUUGUAUGUGAAUUAUCAAUAAAUAUAUCGAAAUUAA